UCCAUGGAGAACACAACAGAGGUGACUGAGUUCAUUCUACUCGGGCUAACCAGUGACCCAAACCUACAGAUCCCACUCUUCCUAGUCUUCUUUCUCAUCUACCUCAUCACUCUGACUGGAAACCUGGGGAUGACCUUGUUGAUUCUACUGGACUCUCAUCUCCACACCCCCAUGUACUUUUUCCUCAGUAACCUCUCUCUGGUGGACUUUGGCUAUUCCUCCGCUGUCACUCCCAAGGUGAUGGCGGGACUCCUCACAGAAGACAAAAUCAUCUCCUUUGAUGCAUGUGCUAUCCAGAUGUUUUUCUAUGGGGGAUUUAUCACUGCUGAAAGUUACCUCUUGGCCUCGAUGGCCUAUGACCGAUUUGUAGCAGUCUGCAGACCUCUACAUUAUGCCACCACCAUGACCACAGGUGUGUGUGCGUGUCUGACCAUAGGCUGCUAUCUUCUUGGCUUCCUGAAUGCCUCCAUCCAUACCGGGAACAUCUUCAGUCUCUCCUUCUGUGGCCCCAAUGUGGUGGACCACUUUUUCUGUGAUACUCCUCCCCUCCUGACUCUUUCAUGCUCAGACAGCCACAUUGCUGAGAUGGCUAUUUUUUUGGUGGUGGGUUUUAAUGUCCUGUUUUCUAUUGUGGUCAUUUUCGUCUCCUACCUGUUUGUAUUUGUUGCCAUUCUGAAGAUGCGUUCAUCUGAAGGACGCCAGAAGGCCUUUUCCACCUGUGCUUCCCACCUUACUGCUGUCUCCAUCUUUUAUGGAACCGUCAUCUUCAUGUACUUACAGCCCAGCUCCAGUCAUUCCAUGGACACAGACAAAAUGGCGUCUGUGUUCUACACCAUGGUCAUCCCUAUGCUGAACCCUCUGGUCUACAGCCUGAAGAACAAAGAGGUCAAGGGUGCUUUUAAACACCUUAUGGGAAAGAUGAAAACUUCCAUAGGAUUUUUCCUUUAG